UCCGUUGUCAAGUGCGCAGGGAUGGAGAGCCGGGCUUAGUGUGCGGCGGAGGCCUGGUCGCCCGGUGCACCGAGGGGGUAUGAGCUCGGAUUGAGAAAACCGGGCCAGCUGCACACCGAGAGGAUGAAGAGAAGACUCUCUGAGAGGGAUGCCGGGGAAACCUCCUCCAGGUCAAAGGCCCUAUGUACCACUAUCUCCGGAAGCAACGCAAAGCGGGCCGGACCAUUCAUUCUGGGUCCCCGUUUAGGAAACUCUCCUGUGCCCAGUAUUGUACAAUGCCUGGCAAGAAAGGAUGGAACAGAUGACUUCUACCAGUUAAAGAUCCUGAGCUUGGAGGAUAGAGGAGAUAAGGUGGGGGAAACUCAAGAGGAACGGCAAGGCAAAAUGCUACUGCACACAGAAUACUCUCUUCUGUCCCUACUUCAUAACCAGGAUGGAGUUGUACAUCACCAUGGCCUUUUCCAGGACCGGACAUGUGAGAUUGUUGAAGAUGUCCUGGAUGCCAACAAGCUGAUGAGAAAGACUCGGAAACGGAUAUGCCUGGUGCUGGACUGCCUCUGUGCACACGACUUCAGCGACAAAACUGCCGAUCUCAUCAACCUGCAGCAUUAUGUCAUAAAAGAGAAGCGACUUGGGGAGAGAGAAACUGUGGUGAUAUUUUAUGAUGUUGUGAGAGUUGUGGAAGCACUGCACAAGAAAAACAUUGUGCAUAGAGACCUGAAACUUGGUAACAUGGUGCUGAACAAGAGGACUCAUAGAAUAACAAUCACCAACUUUUGCCUUGGCAAACACUUAGUAAGCGAAGAUGACUUGUUGAAAGAUCAGCGGGGAAGUCCAGCAUAUAUCAGUCCUGAUGUGCUUAGCGGUCGACCAUACCGUGGGAAGCCAAGUGACAUGUGGGCCCUGGGAGUGGUCCUUUUCACCAUGCUGUACGGACAAUUUCCGUUCUAUGACAGCAUACCUCAGGAACUCUUCCGCAAAAUCAAAGCUGCAGAGUACUCUAUCCCAGAAGAUGGGAGAGUAUCUGAAAACACUGUGUGUCUCAUACGCAAAUUGCUGGUUCUAGACCCUCAGCAGCGUUUGACUGCUUCCGAAGUCCUAGAGUCUCUUGGUGGCAUAAUCUCUUCAUGGCAGUCUAUGUCGUCUCUCAGCGGCCCAUUACAAGUUGUUCCUGACAUUGAUCACGUGACAAGCCCAGAAAAUCCUCAAGAGGCAAAAGUUACAGAAGAAUCUUCUCAGUAUGAGUUUGAGAAUUACAUGCGGCAGCAGCUGCUACUGGCAGAAGAGAAAAACACAAUCCAUGAAGCAAAAAGCUUCCCACAGAAACGUCACUUUGGAAAUUUCCCCCCCAUUAGAAGACUGGGGUAUGAUGCUCAGCCCAUGAGCCCUUUGGACGCUGCCAUUCUGGCCCAGCAAUACCUUCCUCCUCCACACAUAACUCUCCCCAGCCCUCACUAACGUGUUGCGUCUCAAAGCGCUUCA